CGGAGUUACCAAUUUGGGUCAGAUGUCGGGUUGGAUCCUGGGUUGUCACUCAUUGGAUUGGACUUUGGAUAAAAAUUGUAACCCGCCCCAACUCAACCGGAUUGCAAAACCUAAACACGCAGCAGAAAAAGCAUCAAAAUAAUUCCAAUGAGUGCUGGUGGUUCAUUUGGUGGAAAUAGAGGACUAAGACCUGUACCCCCAGAAAAAGGAGUGUUCCUUUUGGACCACAUGCAUGAAUGUGACUUGGAGAAGAAAGAUUACCUUAAUUGCCUCAGAUCUUCUGGCCAUCAAUCUGAAAACUGUAGACAUUUCUCCAAAAAAUACCUGGAAUGCCGCAUGGAAAAAAAUUUGAUGGCAAGGCAAGACAUGUCAGAACUUGGGUUUGAAAAGGUAACUGAUUUGGAAGCUUCUGGAGAGAAACAACAAGAGGAAAUAAUCACAGGGACACAGAUGUAUUUGGAAUUAAAGACUGAAGCUUAUGCAAGUGCUGGCAGAGUUAAUCAGGAAUUCAUAUUCAUUUGACAGGUAAACUUAUCAUAAAUUGUUCACAACCAAGAUAAUGGACCAUUAUGGGGGUUUGAUUAGAACUCUCUUCACCUUUAGGGGAGUGAAGCCAUAAAACUAUUGUUUGUGUAUUUUGACAUCAAGUUGUAUGGAUCUAUCUACUUUAAUUGACAAAGGCCAAACAUUCCUUCAA